GACCCCGUCCGGGAAGUUCGGCGGGUUUCCAAGAUGGCGGCGCCCAUCAGUAGGUGCUGUGCACAUUGGCGAUCACUGACCUUGUCUUUUCCAGCCGCUGGUUACCAUGCCCGACCACGGGUAUGGGGGCUGGGUGGGGUGUAUAAGCCGGACCCUCAAGACCCCAAGACUAAAGAAUGGCAUAAAGGGCCACAGUAUGAAGCGAAGUUGUAUGGGCGACAUGGGGCUGCCUCUGGGGUUGACCCAUCAAAGCUAUGGCCGAGUCCACAGCGCCUCAGGGAAAUUGAGGAAGAUGAGAAGGAAUGGUACCCAAGUCUGCAGGAGAUGUUAGACAGAGUGGAGGCCAAGGAGAGGGAAUUGCAAAAAAAGAAAGAAGAAAGGUCAGUGCUAUGCACCCCUCGGGAUUCUCUUUUAAAAAAAAAAAAAAAAAAUAUAUAUAUAUAUAUAUAUAUAUAUAUAUAUAUAUAUAUAUAUACUAAUUGAUUUGUUUAAGAAAGGUUGUGUAUUUUUCUUUCGUAUAGGUGAAACACUGUUAGGUGUGUACUCGUAGAAAAAAUGGUAUUCAAUAUUAUCACUAAAAAAAAUACAUUCAAUUUGUUUCUACUUUGUAAAGUACUAAAGGUAAACUUGUUUUCUUCAAAUCUCUGCUGUGCGUUAGGCGGAGUGUGACAGUAAUUGUAAAAGAAAUAAAAAGAACAAUCUAAAUAAAACAUUGUUAAAUCAAUAUCUUUUGAUAUGUGCACCUGUUAACAGUUUGACAAGCGGGCCACCUUUUUUGUUACAAUUUAGAGGAAUAAAUUAGAACUGCUCUCCAGAAUGCACUUUUUGAGUCCAUAUUAAAGGGUAAUAAAAAAAAAAAUUAAAAAAAAUUAUAAAUUGAGCAUUGCUUUAAAAAAAAUGUGUAUUCCUUCAAAGUUACAAUAGCAAAGGCUAAUCAAUAAUGUUAGAACAGAUGCACAGUGUCUACAAUGUCCCUUUAGGAUUAAUCUGGCGAGAUAGGUUAGCUUUAAAUGUGUUGUGUACUGCGUACUGUCUCAAAGUCAGAAGUUUAUAAAGUUAGGUGACUGAAAGUGACCAUCUUGUCUUUUUAUCAUACUUAGGAUCAGAGACCCUACAAAGUUCAUUGCAAAGUGGCCUAUAAGGUGCAUUGUUUGUAGAGGAACAGUGCAUUCCUUACUGAGCUGUGCUUUGAGAAGGCUUACUAGCAUCUUUCUAGAUGGCUCCCUGAAUUCACAUGAUCUAUGCAUCUUUUAUAUUUGUUAAGUAGGUCUUAGGCCCUGUUCAGGCGUUCAUGACAGUGCUCAGGAAUGAUAUCACACCAUUGUAUCCUAUUUCAUUAGAUAAUCCACAGGGAGCAGGAUGUAGCUACAUAUAGUAGGCGUGCAAUAGGGGUAAAAUCUUUCUGAAGUAUAAUCACUUGGGAUUGGAGGUGUCUACGGAGGGAGUAAGAGAUGUAUGUCAUUUUAUUGGGGUUUCAGGGGACGCGGCUAGUUUUUGGGGGGUUUUUUCUCAGAGUUUGCAGGGCAAACCCUUGCUUUAAGCAUCUUCUCAAACACAUUGGUAGCCAGGUUGCAUGAACUUUAGUCCACUUAGUUGUCUUGUUUUGAUUUAAUUCUUGCAUCACACCUUAAGAUUCACACCUGACCUAAAAUACAGGAUUUGUGUCUUGUAAACAGGGUGGCUUACUGAAACUCAAAUAAGUGCAGCUGUCAUAGAAAACUUGCCCCCGCUCUCUGGGGUAUUUCUCAUUGUACCUAAGAGAGUUAAGGCUAAGUACAAUUACAGUCAGUUGUGUUUGAUGUACUAAACUGGAAAUUGUAAAGAAAUAACAGGAGAAUUGCAUAUAAAUCAGCUAUUUUGACCUUAAAUUCACAAUACUCAGGUUAUAUUUUCAUGAUCCCAGAUUAGUUAAAACAUUUUUUCAAAAAUCCCUGAUAACUAUGCUGUAAAAAAAAAAGUUUAAACACGUUUUUAAAGGUAGUUUAUCUUGGAGGGUACAUCACCAUCAAAUUUUUUUCUUUUUAUUAUUAUUUUACAUAGCAACAUUUAAAAAACCAAAAACAGUUUUAUAUUUACUCUCUGUAUAUUCCAGAUCUAAUACUGUCUGGGGUUUUUUUCCCCCCAUUUUCUUUUGGCAGCAGUUAAAGAAACACUCCAAGCACAAUAAUCACUAGAGUGAGCUGUAGUGAGUAUGGCAUUGGGAACCUUAUUGAACCCCGAAAUGAUUUUGAAAUUUAUAUCCAUAAAUAUUUUAUUCUGUAAUCCAAGGUUGGUCAUUGGCUACCAUUGGACUCGUUUCUUAUUGGCUAAGGAUUCUAGGAAACAUAGUCCAUCAGUGGAAAGGGAGGUCUGUACUAAAGAGCAAUUUUAUAAUUGAUAUGUGAACCCCUUACACCGUAUUGCAUUUCUUAAAAUGUAACCAGUAAAACACUUGUAGAAGAAGGUAUUUCCUUUUAGAGCUGCAGAAUUUUACUGGUUUUACACAGACAGGUUCUUGGUGCAAGGACUCUCUGUGUACAUUGUCUGCCAGGUAAUUCGUUAGAGUAAUACAAACAUAUGCUUAUUUCACAGCUGUUAUAUCAGCAUUCUAUUUGAUCAGGUUAAAGUUAUUUUACUUUCAUCCUUUCUGUAAAGACAUUUUUCUGUGUAGUCUUUCACUAAAACAAAGUUUUUCUUAUAUUUAAUUUUUUUUAGGGACCGUAUUAUUGCUGCUAAUUUAGCAAAGAUGCCCCAGAUGGUGGCAGAUUGGCGCAGAGAAAAGCGGGAGCUGAAACAGAAACAGCAAGAUGAAAAGGACCGAAGAGAGCGUCUUUUAGCUCAAGCCCGUGAAAAGUUUGGUCUCAACGUGGACUAUCGAAGUCCAAAAUUCCAGGAGAUGGUGAAAGAGCUCGAGAAACAGGAGAAAAAGAGGAGGAAGCUCCUGAAAAAACAGCUGAAGGAGGAGGCUCUGUCAACAAGCCCAGCUGCUGGGGAAGCAAGGGCAACAGCAGGUGGAGUAACGUCAAGUACCCCGGUGGAGGGCGCCACAUCAGCAGCUACCCAAGAAGGAGGGACUGUCACAGCAAGUAACCCAACAGAGGGAAUUCUUUAAAAUGUUUCAAGAGAUCUGUGCAGUCAAAAUGCUCCUUUCCACCAGCAGGUGGUGAUAAGGACACACCUGCCAGUUCUUAAACAUUUGAUCUACAGGUGGAAAAUGUUGAUCAUGUGGGGAAAAUAUGCAGUGGUUGAAUGAAUGGAUCAUGUUAAUUACCUUGUAUGUUGGAUUACUCAGAUAAUAUCAGCAACACCUCUGGUGGCCACAUGUAUCAGAGUUUGACAUGGCGUAUGUUUCAAAGGCAUCUUGUACAGGAAGGCCAUGCAUGUUUGAGGCAGAACAGAAGAUGGCAUCAGCAACACAGAACUGAAGAUCUGGUUCAUGCGUUGUCAAACCCUUCUUUAAAAAUAAAUUAAGCAAAUAAAGUGUCGAGUCUUAGAAUUGCUAUUCUUUCUUUUCUAAAGUUCAAUAUGACCUUUUAAAAGGCUGUGACCUUUGAU